AUGAUGGAAAAAAAAGGACAAGUAAUUUCAGUCCGGUUUUUACCUAUUUAAUAUAUUUUUUUUUUUAUAUAUUAUUUUGUUAUUUAAAGCGAAGAAAGAAAAUCAGCAGUACUUGGAAGAGGGAAAAAAAAACUGAAAAGAGAAGGUUUUGCCGGAGUUGAUGAACAUCGGCCAUUAGACAGCAAAUUAAAAUCAAUUCACCCGGAAUUUCUCAAAAUUCGACCCGCUUCAAAAGCAGAUUCAGCCUUCAAUUUACGAAUCCAAGUGAAGGGUUCUGCAAUUCAAUUACUCAUUCAUGGGUCGUCCUCCUACUCAUGGUGCCCCGUCUUUCCGCUUCUUCCCUGCCGAGGUUGUACAAAUGGAAGCUCUUUUACGAGAACAUGGUGGUCAUGUUCCAGCUAGAGAGGUUCUUAUGGCGCUUGCUGAUAGAUUCAGUAAUUCAUCAGAGCGAUCCGGAAAAAUCACAGUACAAAUGAAGCAGGUCUGGAACUGGUUCCAAAAUAGGCGUUAUGCCCUGAGGUCAAAAUUGGUCAAGGCACCUGGGAACCCGAAUAUGCCACCUAAUCCGCAGGCUGAAGUUACUCCAGUGAGAAAUGUACCCUCUGUUCCUCAACAGACAGUUGCACCAUCACCGUCAGGUCAUAAUGUGGCAAAAAAUACAACUGAAAAUCCUUUAAUGGAAUUUGAAGCCAAAUCUGCUAGGGAUGGGGCAUGGUAUGAUGUCCAAGCAUUUCAUUCUCAUAGACAUCUUGAGACUGGUAACCCCGAAGUUCUGAUCCGUUUUUCUGGAUUUGGGCCAGAAGAAGAUGAGUGGGUUAAUGUUCGCAAACAUGUUAGACAGAGGUCACUUCCAUGUGAAUCAUCAGAGUGUGUUGCAGUUCUUCCUGGGGAUCUCAUCCUCUGCUUUCAGGAAGGUAAAGAGCAGGCUCUUUACUUUGAUGCUCAUGUCCUUGAUGCUCAAAGGAGGAGACAUGAUGUAAGAGGCUGUCGCUGCAGGUUUCUGGUCCGUUACGAUCAUGAUCAGUCUGAGGAAAUUGUGCCCUUAAGAAAAGUAUGUCGUCGGCCAGAAACUGAUUACAGGUUGCAGGUGCUUCAUGCUGUCAAUGAAUCAGCAUCAUCAUCUGUUUCUGCAGACUCCAAAAAGGCUACAGUUGAUGCUACUUCAAGCGGCUCAUUGAGGGUGACUAGUCAUAAUCCUAGUGCUUUUGUCGGAGUAUCUGCUCCAACUAUUAUGAGUGCAGGGGCUGGUGGUCCACAUCCAACUACAACUCAAGUUCCAACUGUAGCUCCUGCUCCAACUCCAGUAACCGGUCCUGCUUCAGCUUCAAUCCCAUCUCCAGCUCCUACUUCAAAUUCAGUUUCAUCUCCAGCUCCAGCUUUGGCUAAUGCUUUAGCAUCAACUUCAGUUCCAGCUCCAGCUCCAGCUUUGGCUAAUGCUUUAGCAUCAACUUCAGUUCCAGCUCCUGCUUUAGAUUCAACUUCUGUUGCUGUUUCUGCUGAGGCUGAUCGGGCUCCUGCUUUAAGUUCAACUUCAAUUGCAACUCUGGCUGCGGCUUCAGCUCCAGCCUCGGCUCCAGAUCUGGCUCAAGCUCCAGCUCCAGCCCCAGCCCCAGCCCCAGCCCCAGCCCCAGCCCCAGCCCCAGCCCCAGCUCCAGCUCAAGCCCCAGCCCCAGCCCCAGCCCCAGCUCCAGCCCCGGCUGCGGCUUUAAUCCCGACUCCAACCCUUUCUCCAGAUCCAACUGUAGCUUCAUCUUCCAUUCCAAUUUCUGCACCAAAUUCAUCUCCGAGUCGGGCUUGUGCUCCAAGUCCAUCUGUGAGUGCUAUUGCUAUUCUGAUUUCUGAUCCAGAUCCUACCUCAGCUCCACCUCCAGAUCCAGUUUUAGUUCCUACUCCAGCUCCAGUUCUGUUUUCUAUUCCAGCUGCAGCUCCAGAAUUGGAAAAGACCAAGAGUGGCAAUUCAGGAACUUCAGCUACUGAAGCUUCUGCUGAGAACAUUAUGAAUCCUGGUACUGCUAGCGAGAUUGUAGAAGUCAAGAAGGAAGAGGGACAAAAUCUGGAAUGUUCUAUGUUUGGAGGAAGCAGCAUCUCUCAGCGAGAAACAAGUAAUAAUCCAUCAAUAACAAUUCCUGGAUCAGAAAAACCUGGAGUAAUUGAACCGAUUGAACAGGCUAUGGCAGUGAGCACUGCAAUAACUGGUAGUAGUCCAAUUGUUUCAAGUCUUUCAACGAAGGCAGAGAGUAGCAAUCAGGCUGUGUCGGCUGAGGAUACAAAGGAAUGAAACAGGAAUUGUAGCUUAGGUUAAAUUAGGUUAAAAUUCAAGUCUUAAUUGUAUCUUGGUUUUAGACCAUUAUUUCUUGCUUCAGCUGCUCCCUUGACUGCUGCAGUAUUUGACAGUUGUAGUGUAUUUUAAUACUUCAUAUAUCAUAUAGAAAUCAACUCUAUAACAAUUGCAAUGCUUGAUUGUAGUUGUAUUAGUUGUUACUAAGCUUAACAUUCAACAAAGUUCAGUUUACAAAAAAUUUGAUUAUGUAUUGGACAGAAAUACAUAUAUUGGCUAGUCAACUAAAUAGUGAAUAGUUUUGCAGUAUGUUUCUGCCUAAA